GCCUAAGAUGGAGCUCGACGAGUCGUUCUCGUCCAAGGACACGCUCGCGAACAAGGUCAAGGAGGAGCUCGACGCGACCAUGGCCGACUACGGCUACCACAUCGAGAAGGCUUUGGUGACGGACAUCUCGCCCGACGCGCGCGUCAAGAUGUCGAUGAACGAGAUCAACGCGAGCCGCCGCCUCCGCGAGGCCGCGAAAGAAAAGGCCGAGGCCGACAAGAUCACGCAGGUCAAGGCCGCCGAGGCCGACGCCGAGUCCAAGUACCUCUCCGGCGUCGGCGUCGCGCGCCAGCGCCAGGCCAUCGUCGGCGGCCUGCAGGACUCGAUCAUCGAGUUCUCGGGCGAGAUCGCGGGCACGACGCCCAAGGACGUCAUGGACCUCCUGCUCCUCACGCAGUACUUCGACAUGCUCAAGGACGUCGGCGCGUCGGGCGUCUCGGGCAAGACGCUCUUCCUGCCCCACGCGCCGUCCUCCGUCGCGGAGCUCCAGAAGAGCAUGCAGUCCGGCCUCAUGGAGAACCUCAAGUAGACCGCCCCCCGGCGCGACCCCGCGCCCGGCCCCGGCCGCCCUCCGCCCGACGCUUAAGCCUCUUUGACCCGCG